AGCCUCCCCUUGCGAAGGCCUCCGGGCCUCGGGCGCCGGUUGCCAAGCCUAACAGAAGCGCAGCGGCCGCGCGCCGGGCGGGUGCCUAGCAACCGGGGCGCUGGAACCGAGCAGCAGGCGGCGGGAGGCGCGAGUGCGCGCCCAGGCCGAGCAGAGGUGGGUGACUUGGAACAGGGCUAGGGUUUCUGACCCUUCGCCCCUGCGCCAUGGCCACGCUGAACGCCAAGCCCAGUCAACGAUUCCGGAUGCCAGACUGGCACACCAACAGCUAUCUGUUGUCAACCAACGCGGAGCGGCAGCGGGAUGCUUCACACCAGAUCCGCCAGGAGGCCCGGGUCCUCCGCAACGAGACCACCAACCAGACCAUUUGGGAUGAGCACGACAAUAGGACUCGACUGGCAGAGAGGAUUGACACUGUGAACCGAUGGAAGGAGAUGCUGGACAAGUGUCUAACAGAUUUAGAUGCUGAGAUCGACGCGCUGACACAGAUGAAAGAAUCUGCAGAGCAAAACCUGCAGGCCAAGAACCUGCCUCUGGAUGUGGCAGUUGAGUGCCUGACCCUGCGGGACAGUCGGCGGGACAUUGAUGUGGUGAAGGAUCCUGUGGAGGAAGAGCUGCACAAAGAGGUGCAGAUCAUUGAUGCCACCAAGAAGGCCUUGCAGCAGAAGAUUAGCCAAGCCUUUGAGAAGCUCUGCCUCCUGCAGGAAGUCCGACAGCAGCUCAUCUCUGACCAUCAGGGCAAAAUGGAGACAUUGGACAUCGACAGAGGCUGCCUCUCUCUCAACCUUAAGUCCCCAAACAUCUCUCUGAAGGUUAAUCCCACACGUGUCCCCAGUGGCUCCUCCACACUCCCGCAGUGGGAUGACUUCAGUCAGUUCAACAAGAACCGCGCGGAGGCUGAAAUGAAAGGAGCCACAGAACUGAGGGAGGCCAUUGCCCUAACUAUUGCCCAGACCAACAAUGAACUGGAAGCCCAGAGGGUUGCCACAGAAUUUGCCUUCAGAAAGCGGCUGCGGGAUAUGGAGAAAGUGUACAGUGAGCUCAAGUGGCAAGAGAAGAAUACCUUGGAGGAGAUCUCGGAGCUGCACGAGGACCUCCGGCACCUGGAGGAGGAUCUACGCAGAAAGUUACAGAAUCUGAAGCUAUGCCAUACCCGGCUGGAGUCCAGAACCUGCCGACCCAAUGUGGAACUCUGCCGGGACCAGGCACAGUAUGGCCUCACUGACGAAGUUCACCAGUUAGAGACAACCAUUGCUGCCCUGAAGCAGAAGCUGGCACAGGCACAGGACGCUCUGGACGCCCUGUACAAGCACCUGGCCCGGCUACAGGCUGACAUUGCCUGCAAGGCCAACUCCAUGCUGCUGGACACCAAGUGCAUGGACACCCGUCGGAAGCUGACUGUGCCUGCUGAGAAGUUUGUACCUGAGGUGGACACCUUCUCCCGGACCACAAACCGCACUCUGAGCCCACUCAAAACCUGCCAACUGGAGCUGGCCUAGCCUUUGGGGGGCUGAGGGAGGAGGCGAAAGGUCAGAAGGAAAUGGAAAAGGGCGGGGUUGCUGAGGGAAUGGAUCUAAUAAAUGUCAGGAUUCGCAGUCCAGAUGGUUACCGG